AUGACCGUCACACUCAUCUUGCUCGCUGCCUUUGCGACACUUCUCUUUUGGAAAGUGCAUAGAACCUUUAGUUUCUGGAACGACAAAGGCGUACCCCAUGUUGGCAUUUAUGGCUACCUGGUCUACGCGUACGACAUGUUCACAAAGCCCAUGUACGAGACUGUACGCAAACACUACAAGCGUAAUGGACGAUUUUACGGAUCCUACCAAGGCCUCGCUCCGAGUCUCUAUGUCGCAGAGCCUGAACUCCUCGCCGAUGUAUUUGUCAAAAAAUUCAAGUCAUUUGCGGACAGAACGAUUGGACAAAAGCUGGGGAAAGGUCAUAGACAGAGAGCCAUCGCUAAUCUUUCCGGAGACGAGUGGAAACACGCCCGCACCAUUAUUACGCCCGCCUUCACGGGCAAUAAACUCAAGGCAUCAGUUCCGAGGAUUGCUAAGGUCACCGAAAGGUUAACGGCCCGGUUAAGAAAACAUGCCAAGAACGGAACUCCGGCUGCUGUAAACGAGCUCUUCCAUAGCUGCGCGAGAGACGCAACAGCCGCCGCGGUAUUCAGCUUUGACAUGGACAGUCACGUGGACAAGAAGCAUCCACUGAUGGUGUGUUUCAAGACGCUGUUCGCUGAAGUGGUUCCCAGCUGGAAGUUUCUGCUUGUGUUUACGAUGCCCACCGUCUUAAAAUAUCUACGGCCGAAUAUCGAAGCAAAAGGGGACACGGAUGACUUGAUUCAUUUUGUGGGGCUGGUGGCCAAGGACCGGAGGAGCAAACAAAAAAGAGAUGACGACAUCCUGCAGCUGUUCCUCGACAGUGGAUAUGUGGAUAGCGACGGGAACGUCGUCGAAGCCGUGAAACCUUCUUCUGAUGGCGGAAAACCCCUGACGAUCGUGGACAUCGCCGCCCAGUGUCGACUCUUCUUCGCUGCUGGCACCGACACCGCGAUGGCGGCUAUGAUGGCCAUGGCGCACUUGCUCGCUCUUCACCCGGAAUGUCAAGAGAAGCUCAUCAGUGAAAUAGACGCUACCGUGGAAAAAGAUGGGGUAACAUACGAGAGCAUUCAGUCCAUGCAUUACCUCCAUGCCUGUGUAAAGGAGACGAUGCGCUUGUACCCAGGUGCCAUGUUCCUGAUGAGGACUUGUACUCAAGAAACGACGCUCGCUGGAAUCAACUUCAAACCUGGAAUGAAUGUGGACAUACCAGUAGUCGGCAUCCACUAUGACCCGGAGUUCUACCCUGACCCCGAGUCGUUCAAACCGGAAAGAUUCCUGCCUGAAAACAAGGACUCUCACACACCGUACACGUUCCUUCCGUUUGGCAGUGGCCCGAGAAGUUGCGUGGGAAUGCGGCUGGGGUAUCUGACAGUCAAAGUUGUUAUGGUCUGCCUACUACAGCACGUCAAGUUUGGCACCUGUCCUGAGACGAUGAUUCCUUUGAAGCUGAAAGCAAGGUGUCUUCUACCAGUGCCAAGACAACCAGUGAUGCUUAAGAUUUAUUCUCGCACUUAGUGCUCGGCGUGGAGGUUCACAUCUUCAUUAGUGGAGCCAUUUCAUUAUCACACUCUAUAUGACAUGAACACCCGAUUCGGUCUUAAUCUGCGUUUACGGUCCU